CUAAUGUAUGAUGUCAUCACGAGGCGCCACUCUGCUGAUGUAAUGUUUCAGGAAGUGAAUCUCAGCCUAUUCGAGAAUUCGGCUCUGCAGGAAAGCAUGAGCGAUGUUACAGAUUUAUGAUUUUUUAAAUCAAACGUCCUGAAGGCAACCAGACAUGGAGAACUGGAGCCUUAUUUCAAUGUGCGUGUUGCUUGGUUUAACGUCGAGAUGGGCGGUGUCUUUUCAUUCAUACUCAGGUGCAGGUAAACCGCCAAUGUUCGGGGACUAUGAAGCACAGAGACACUGGCAAGAAGUGACUUACAAUCUGCCUGUUCAUGAAUGGUACUUCAAUACUACAAAUAAUGAUUUGAACUACUGGGGGCUUGAUUACCCUCCCCUGACAGCCUAUCAUAGUCUAGUGUGUGCAUAUGUAGCAAAGCUGCUUAAUCCUGAAUGGGUGGAGUUGAAUGCAUCUAGAGGCUAUGAAAGCCACACUCAUAAGUUGUUCAUGAGAGCCACAGUUCUUUUUGCAGAUAUUUUGAUCUACAUUCCAGCAGUUUUGGUUUAUUGCUUCUACUUUUGCGAUGGGUCCUCUAAACAAAAGGUUGCCACAGCUCUAUGCAUCCUUCUAUAUCCAGGACUUGUACUGAUUGACUAUGGCCAUUUUCAAUAUAACUGUGUGAGCCUGGGUCUGGCUCUAUGGGGGAUUCUGGGACUUGGUUUGGGCUGGGACCUGUUUGGUUCUUUGGCCUUCACCUUGGCUCUCAAUUACAAGCAAAUGGAAUUAUACCACUCGCUGCCUUUCUUCUGCUACCUCCUGGGGAAGUGCAUCAAACAGGGCUUGACUGGGCGAGGAUUGUUUCUGUUGACCAAGAUUUCAUUGACUGUGUUGGUGACCUUUGCCCUCUGCUGGAUGCCCUUUUUGUCCGACCCCAAACAACCUCUACAAGUUCUUAAUCGACUUUUUCCUGUUGAUCGGGGUCUGUUUGAGGAUAAAGUGGCUAACACAUGGUGCAGCUUGAAUGUGCUGAUAAAGAUCAAGACCCUGCUGUCCAGAGAGACUCAGCUGUUCCUCAGUUUUGCUCUUACUCUGUUGUUCAUCCUGCCUUCAUCAUUAAAAUUGUUGUCCAAACCCACUCUAUGGCAGUUCAAGCUUGCCUUGGUGAACUCCUCCCUGGCUUUUUUCCUCUUCUCCUUCCAAGUCCACGAGAAGUCCAUCCUGCUAGCAGCCUUGCCAGUUUGCCUUGUCGUCAACGAAAUACCUCUGAUUGCCAUUUGGUUUCUGCUAACGUCAACUUUCAGCAUGCUCCCCCUGCUGGUGAAGGACGGUUUGCUGUUGCCUUACGUGGUGACCUCGUUGGCAUUCCUCUUUCUGAGUUUGUAUCUGCUCUCUGCUUUAGAGAGAACUACAGAUGAAGAGCUCAGGCUGGGCCUCUAUCACAAACUCACUCAGCACUGUCUGCCUAAACUCAACCUCAGCCGGAUCAUUAAAUGGAAAUUCUGGUUUUCACUGGUGGCCAUGGCUGCGUUGAGCUUUACGAGCGUGUGGUUGGAGCCUCCGGCUAAGUUGCCCGAUCUGUUUCCGGUUCUGGUCUCCGUACUCUCCUUUCUGCACUUUCUGGGUUUCAUCAUAUAUUUCAACCUAGUCCAGUUGAUGGAACCACAGAGGAAAAAGAGCCAGAAGAAAACCAACUAAACCACGUCUUCAAAGACAUUGGCUGUCAAAAGACUAGGCCAGAAUGUUGGUGGAAAGAGAGGACAAUCCCUAUGGUUAGAAUAGAACAGGAUGGGAAUAGUUUGGAAAAAUUCAAUUUCCUCCUAAUGAAGUUUAGGGAUCUUGCUUGAGAAGAGUAAAUCAAAUGAAAGGAGAUACAGUUCUGCCAGACUUUCUCUCACUUGUAUGAUUUAGAGACAAAUUCAGUUAGCGGGAUAUUGGUAUUGUGUAAAUGACCAGGCCAUAAUGGAUCGUUUGUGCUGACAUUAUUUUUAUUAACAUUUUUGAUACAUCAUUAAAUGUUUUGUACCAAA